GUAAUUGAUAAUAUAUAUUUAUUCAUUUAUGCAUAAUUUUAAAUUGUUUCUUUAUAUAAUUCUGGACAUGGUUAUUUAUAAUUUAAGUAAUCUUUUGAUCACUAGCCCUACCAUAUGAACAAUUGGUUAUGUAGCCUGGUUUGGGAGUAGUCUUCCUACUCGAUGAUAUUUCAUGCAUUGCAGAUGACCUUUUGAGGAAAGAGUAUUAAGAAAAUAUAAGCUCUUUCUUUAUCAGAGCAUCAGGCAGUGCGUUAUAUCUUCCUUUCCUGUUUUAGGUAAAUUAAUUUCUUUAGAAGGAACAAGAAUGGCCGAAACAAACUCCUGUGAUAUUCAGAAUUCAUUAUCUGACGAAGGUUUAGAUCAAGACAUAAACCUACCCCUACCCAUGCAUUCGUCCAAUCAGUUGGAUGCAGAAUGGUUGGACUUUGGACAUGGUGGAGGUGGGAUAGAUACUAGUCAGCCUGCUAGCAGUGAUAGUACAGCAUCUUUUGUAAAAAGAAUAUCAUCUGACGAGGGAGAAACUGAACCACCAUCUAAAAAAUUACACUGUGAUAAAUUCUAUGAUAGGGAUAAUACAAUGAACUGUGAUACAAAUGGGCUUGAAAGUGAUACUUCAAAGAAAAUGGUAGAAUUUGAUAUUUUAGAUGAAGUAGAAGGAGGUGGAAUGGAUGAAAAUGAUAAUAGUAAUACAGACACAGAUAGUGACAUUCCAGAAGAAGAAAUAGAAGCAAUGUUAGAAGAAGGUCUUAAAAACAGAAGAUCUGAUGAUAACUCUAAUAUUGAUGAAGAUUUAGCUCAUGAAGAAAGACAGAAAGUUGUAUUGAAAGCAAAAGGUUGUGAUCAUUUUGAUAUAUUACCAGAAGGUUGGAUAGAAGUGACUCAUCAUAGCGGAAUGCCUGUUUAUUUACAUAAAUCAAGUCGUGUUUGUACCAUGUCUAAACCGUAUUUCUUAGGUCCUGGAAGUGCUAGAAAACAUGAAAUUCCUAUAUCAGCAAUUCCUUGCCUUUAUUAUAGAAAAAAUAUUGAAAGGGAAAAUGAAUCAAAUUCUCUCAAAAAUGAAGAAGUGGAAAAUGAAAAAGAUGUUUCAAGCAUUCCUGCUGCUAAAGUUGAAACAGUUCAAGAUAAUAAAAAAGAAAGAUCACUUGAUUAUUUGAGUGUACGUAAAUAUUGUGAAAAUCUAUUUGAAUUUCAAACAAUUACAGUAAGGAGAUUCAAGACAUGGGCUGGAAGACGAAAGCAUCAAAAGUUAAUGAAGCAAUUACAACGCCCAACACUGGUAAGAAAUUAUUUUAAAUAUGUUAGAUGUUUUAAGUAUUGUAUUGAAUUUGUAAUGAAUCCUAGUGGAAAAUCCUAUGUUUGUAUUCUUCAUGAAUAUGUUCAGCAUGCAAUGAGAGUGCAGCCACGAUAUACUUUUAAAGAAUUAGAAAAUGCUAGUACUCCUUACGGAGCUGUGGUCGUUAUAAAUGAUAUGGAAUAUGGUACAGGAUACGGAAGUAGCAAAAAACAAGCUAAAUCUGAAGCUGCUAAGGCAACUCUUGAAAUAUUAAUACCUCAAAUGAAGAGUGUUCAUAAAGAUUAUAAAAGUACAGAUGAUCCUCAACAAGAUGUACAAUUUUUUGAUGAAGUUCGUGUAGAAGAUCCAAGAAUAAGUGAUCUAUGUGCAAAAGCUGGUCAACCAUCUCCAUAUCAGAUUUUGUUAGAAUGCUUAAAAAGGAAUUAUGGAAUGGGAGAUACCCAGAUUAAAUUUGAUAUGCAAAAUCUUAAACAUCAAAAGAAUGAGUUUAGGAUAACUGUAGGAAAACACACUGCAAGUGUUGUUUGUAAAAAUAAGAGAGAUGGAAAACAGCGUGCUUCACAAGCUAUUCUUCAGGCUCUCCAUCCUCAUAUUGUCUGUUGGGGAUCAUUAUUACGUUUAUAUGGAAAAGGUUCCUGUAAGACAUUAAAAGAGAAAAAGGAAGAGGAACAACAAAUUACAGAACUCCAAAGCAAAGCUUGUGCCAAUAAACCUAACAUAUCGAUACUUAAUAAACUUCAGGAAGAAAUGUUGAAACUAUAUGAAAGAAAAAAUACAGUAAGACCGAUUGGAAAAUUUAUACCACAAGAAAUGGAACUACCUUCUGCUUCAACAUCAAAUCUAAACAAUGUGGAAUUUUAAAAGUAUAAUUAACUAGUCACCACAUUAUUCCAAUUUUUUUUUUUACUGUUUAUUUGGUGAAUUCUCAAUAAAAUUACAGAUUUUAUUAAUUA